AUGCGAGAAGAGGAUGCCUCAAAAUUGACAAUAUCGAACAAGAGACUCGAAACUGCUACAAGGCUUGCAGCUAUGAGACUUGCAGAUGUAAGUCAGUUUGUGAGGUGCAUAUAUCACGCACUGCAGGCACUAGUAGGUGCAAUCUGUACCCUACCACAACAUGCAUUUGGACAAACAGGCAAUCGAUACAAGGCGGUACCAAGGCAAAGAACAUCUUCAUUUGGCGGUCUGCCAUCAGUGAAUGACUUCAAAUCAUCCCUUGCAUCUGGUCACGUUGACACAAUGCCCCUGCAUCGCACGAUUUCCAAGUCUAAGCUGAAUCCGUUAAACAAGGCUCAGCCUAGCCAUCGUCGGUAUCGCAGUACGUACUUACCUGACCAUGUACUUGUAUUUCUGAUUACUAUCAUCAUAUCAUGGGUCUCAAACCGUCCCGUCCUAAUCGCACUGCAUGAUCCCCUCAAUUGA